AUGCUGACUAUUGUAUGCAUUUUAUUAUCUAACCUGUCCUUUAAAAGCAAAGAUUAAGCCUCUCCGCCGAUCACCCAAGUUACCUUAUAACGAUAAAUGACAUUAAUUUGGUUUUGGACUGCCCAGUAACUCACCGCUUGAAUCAAGCCAACAGUAAUUUCUACCUUUCAUGUGCAGCAGCGCCCAUUUAGAGUCUCUCAACGGUUUGUCGAACUGCCCUAAAUCUUUGGAAACCGAUGCCGCAGAUGCUUUGGUAUGAUAUUUUUUAUUUCCCGCUUCAAUUAUGCCUGUCUUCCCCGAUAUCACCGUAAUAGCCCAGGGCUAACCUCUACGACUCGUCUGUGGACAGUUUUGCAAUUACCAGUAGUCUUUAUAAAUAAAAUCUGUCCAGCAAUCCCUUUGCGUGGUUGACGUUCGUGGCACCCGAAGCUACGCUGACGUAUAUAGACUGUGUUCAGCCAACCAGUGCUAGUAUACUAGUAGCAAACUAUAUCGAGACGAUAUCUAUUAGAUAUCUAUUUUUCGAGAUACCUAUAUCGAUUAGAUAUCGAUUUUGUCCGCGGUCUAGAUAUCGACUAGAUAUCUAUUUUUCGAGAUACUCCGAAAUCGGCGAUAGGGACACGUUAGGGCAUGCGUAAGCUGCGGUUACUUCUUCUUAUACCCAUACCUAAUUAUAUUAUCGUCUGUUUGCUCUAUUCAUCUCAAUCCCGGCUUACUUUGCCUGCUGUUGUGCACUGUAUAGCGCGUUUAACGGUCUAAUUGACAUCGCUAUUGCAACCGAAGCAACUAGAUCGACGAAAAAGAACUAUUUUGAAGACGUGUUAGUAGGAAAAAAGUUUAUUGAAUCAAAAAAUAAUGUUAAAAGGUUUAAUACAUAGAAGUAUCUUGCGUGGAUGAUGGUCCAUAACUUGUUGUUUCCUUGGGACGUAGCUGUCCAGCGACCUUUUCAGGCACUUGGUAAAAGCAGACUGAAGGUGAAGACUUCAUUUCACGAAGUCGUCUACAUUGUGCCCACCAAGGCAUGUAAGGUAGGAGGUCUAACGCAAGAGGGAGUUAUAAAUUGGGUAGCACACCAAUUGGUUGCGGAGGCUAUUGUCCAGUAGUAGGAAAUAACCUUCCUGUGGCUCUCAAUGACAUCGAUUUUGGACAGCAGUGUUGCCAUUUGCUUACAUCCCUGAUAGCAUUAUGCUCGAAAGUCAUCGGCAUUCUCCUGUGGCUCCUGAGAGUUAUAACGGCGUUAUUUACCAUCACUUACUGGAAAUCCUCGUUUCCAUACCUCUUAAUCCGACGUAAUCGUGUUCCCGGGAUUCCUGCCUAAACAUGGUUAACAUGUAACAGUAUCAAACAAGAGAUAUAAAUGAAGAAUGGCAGGUAAGUGCAAGGACUGUCAAUACCUAUAGGUAUUUGCUGGUACAUCGCUGCCAGACAUAAUUGCGAUUAAAGCGGCACCCUCAUGACCAGUGGUCUUAUUUUAUAUUCGGUCAGAUUACAGGUUAUGAACGAUUUCGGCGACUACGUUCAGUUUCUUAGAAUUUCUUGAAAUGUCGGUUCGAAAGACGGACUUCCACUACCUAAGGUUGCCAUUGUUUUCGAAAGGCCGAAGUUAAUUUUUAUGGUUGGAUACCAGUGUCGCAACACUCCGUUACUGAUGCUAGUAUUAUUGCAGUUAGUUAUCCAUACUGUAAGCGUUGGUAGAGUAGCAUUGGCAGCCGUGGUAGUAGUAGUACUAAUAGUUGGAUUAUUAGUAGUAUUCGCCGUAUCAGUGGUGGUAGACGGGGGAAAAAGUUUUCUUCAGUGUUGCGACACUGUAUUCCCGCCAGUGGUAGUAGUAUUAGUAGUAACAGCGGUAGUAGUGGUAGUAGUAGUAGCAGUAGUAGUGGUGGUGGUAGUAGUAGUAGUAGUAGUAGUAGUAGUAGUAGUGGUAGUAGUAGUAGUAGUAGUAGUAGUCCGCCCGUAAGACAGGCUGGUGGGGGAAUAGACACUUCUAAGUGUUGCGACACUGUAUUCCCGCCAUUUUUAUUUUUCGAUCUUUUCCUUCAUUAACGACGCUUUAUUUUCAAUGACUUACCCACAUACUCUUCUGAAAUUUCUCAUCUUAGACAACGCGUCCGUCUCGCCAUUUCGGAUGCAUAUUCCAGUCUUAACAGCAGCCUUAUGUUUCUAUUCUUACUAGAGUAUUGAGAAUGUUCCUUGGCAAACAGUUGACGUCAUUCUGGUCUCUUACACGCUCAGUCUGGUACUGUUGCCCUACCUGACUGAAUGUAUGGGUUUCCGAGGUCGCGUUCUAGCCACAUCCCCCGUAGUCAACAUGGGCAAGUAAGUCCAAAUGAUUCGUUCACUCAGUUGUUGGGCCUAUUUAAGUCUUCUUCAUCUUGUAAAAUACGACGUUGUUUAUCUUCGCAACCAUGAAAAAGUCCUUUCGACGAAACACAGGAAUGGACACUUAUUCCUAUGUACUAACGGGCACCUUAACCGUAGGCCUUACGCGAACCUUACUACAAUUUUCCUGGAAUUCAACAAAAGGCCACCUGUGUUAGGGGUGGGGUUCCAAUUAUUAUUUUGUAGCGUCGUCUCUUUGAUUGCAUCCAUUUCCCCAUGUCUCUACUGUACGCCCUAUCAACAUUGCACAUUGAACCCUAAGAUCAAUGUAAACCCCUUCUUAUAUUCUUGAACUUUACGGUCUCUGGAAACAUGCUACCUAUUAAUUUACUCGUUGAUCCUCGAAAUCAAAGUUCUCCUUUCCUUCGCCCCGCAUAUCGCGUUGUAGAGUUAUAAUUGAGGAUCUUCUCAACGAAGCUGAACAUAUUGCCCAAGGUCCAACCGAUUCAAAGCUGGCGGACACAAAUUGGUAGGGAUAAUUUGAAACUAAUAUAAAAUGAUGUGACUUUUCCGGCUUUAAUCCCUCUCAAAAUUAUACCUCUCUCAAACACAGUACGCCACCAGCUGAUGAUCUUUUGGACAGCUGUCUGCUCAACUAUACAUCUGAUCAGGCUACCUCGGCCCUUUCGAAAAUUCAGACAGUUGCUUAUCAGGAGACCGUGGUAAGUUUGGGUGUACUGGCGUAAAAUUUCGAAGCAAUAAUUGUUUUCUGGCCUAUUUUCGACUACCAUAUUCUAUCUCGCUUUUUAUCUUCUUCAGGACAUAUUUGGGCUUUUGAAAAUAAAAUGCAUCAGCUCAGGUGCCGAUAUAGGCGCCUGUCACUGGGUGCUUAAAACUCCCUCUGAGAAGGUAAUACGAAAUCUUUCUUUUGACGGUUUAUCUGCCCUUUAUACUAGUUUUUUCUUUCUUUCUGCUUCUGCUGAACUUCCUCCUAUAUCAUAUUCAAAUUAGAUUCUCGAGUUUCUAUUAGCUUAAACAGACACCUAAAGAGACUAUUAAAUGUGUUGGUGUCCUAUCUAGGCUUGCUUGAAAAUGAUUUGGAUUUGGAUUUUAGAUUUUUUAUCUCUCGCGGGGAUCCGUGUAUUCGACGUUUGCAAUGGUAAGCACUCCGCUGGAACUGUUAAUCGAGCUUUGUAAACUCUGAAUUUCAACAGUCUUCAGUGUCCAGUCAUUGUCACUCUGUCUUAAUUUUUCCUGCUAGUCGUCGCACCGUCCCUUGACAAGCUCGCCUACAUUUUAAAACUGAUAUCCCAAUGUUUUCCGUCAUCACUCCUCUGUUUUCCUGUUUCCAGAUAUAACCCUUUAAAAAAUAAAAUGAGCGCUUUUGCAUCUUUCUUCUGCAGCCCAUGGAUUUCACGGAGUUUUCAGAUGUUGACGUUCUUAUCGUGGGAUCUUUGAACACAAGUCAGUCGUUGCCUUUUGAGCAGGCGCUGGAGAAAGUAUGUACCGUCGCCGGUAAGUUGCUUCGAGAUUUUCUUGCCGAUUCCCGCUUGGAAAUUGAAAUUUCCACGUGCGGAUGGACAAAGGCGGGGGGGGGGGAACUUAGAUCAGCCAGACUCACUUAGAGUGUACAAACGCACACACGCACACAUUACUACUGCUGCUUCUGCUACUACUACUGCUGCUGCUACUACUACUACUACUGCUGCUACAACAACAACAACAACUACUACUACUACUCCUACUCCCACUCCUACCCCUACUCCUCCUCCUCCUCCUACUACUACUACUACUACUACUACUACUACUACUACUACUACUACUACUACUGCUACUACUACUACUACUACUACUACUACUACUACUACUACUACUACUACUACUACUCCUACUACUACUGCUACUACUACUACUACUACUACUACUACUACUACUACUACUACUACUACUACUACUACUACUACUACUACUACUACUACUGUCACUGCUGCUAUUACCAUUAUUAGUAAGACUUAGUGCUAUAACUAUUGUUAUCAAUUCUACUGAUGCUACUACCACAACAGCAUAGUUUACUAAUUUUUUGCCUCUCGAAAAUCCCCGAGUUGUUUUUAAUUUGUAUUACUUUAAUCUGCACUUUAUGCCUGCUUUAUAUUGUUGCCGCUUUCCUAUCAGUGCAGACACUAGCGCUCGGCGGCCAUGUCCUCGUGCCCUGUUUGCCCUCGGGUCUAGUCUUUCAGCUGCUCGAGUCCAUCGCCACUGCCAAAAACAACUUCAAUGGCCACCUGCUUGAGGCCUU